AUGGCCCUACAUCAACGUGUCGUUGCUUUAGCACUGAAGAAGUUACACGAACACAAGGAAUUCAUCCAGGAGCCGCCCACAUCUUGCGACGAAGAGGACAACUGGGGAGACACAGGAAAAACGCUCUUCAAGAUGAUUCGAGAACAGGUACUGAUCGACGGCAAGACAGGCAGGGUGGCCUUUGAUGAACACGGUGACCGCACUCACGCCGAGUACUCGAUCGUCAACGUCCAGGAGCGCAGAAUGCUAGCGAUCGUUGGAGACUUCCUUCAUCAGGAGGCUGGGGAUGCCAUGAACCUGUCGCUGAAUUUGUCAAGCAUCGUGUGGCCUGGAAGCUCCCGCGCACAGCCCAGGGGAUACUCAAUGCCAACACACCUCAGGGUGAUGACCAUCCAGGAGACACCUUUUGUGUACGCGGAACCUGUCACCGACACCCAGAUGUGUUUAGCUGAGGACGAGGUGUUGUGUCCCUUCACCAAUACUUCUACACAAGGGGCCUUAACCUGUACCAAUAUGGCGAGUUCGUUGCUCUUUGUAUGGGCCGUGGGCCGUAAGUUGCGGCGUCUUAAGGAGUUACUGGCAGAGGGAAGUGGUCCACCAAUGUUCGACUCGCCCUGA